GGACGGCAGAGUUCAGCCUCCACCACCGGCUCUGAACAUGGCUGGCUCCUCUCCUCCGGCUGCUUCGGCUGAGUUUCCGCACGAGGAUGCACCGUGAUGACUGCCACAAAGCGGGGACAGCAUCUCGGGCGGCGCGAGCGGCACCAUCUUUUCCAGCAGCCGCCGAAAGCUCGGUUGUAAUGGAAACUGGGGGCGAUGCCAGCACAGCCCCUCCGCGCAGGGGAGGCGGCGGCGGCGGCGGCGAGUUAACAACUGCUGGUGUAGCAGAAGCCGCCGGUUUCCAAGCGGCCGCCGCUCGCCCACCGGCUCCUGCGGGGGGAAAGGAUAUGAAUAUGGAUGGUGGGCCAGGCAGCGCUAGUCGAGGAGGAGGCGGCGGCGUGGAUCCUGCUGCAGUGCCGAAAGGAGGCAGAACCGCGGCCCCCGCCCCCUUUCCCCGUGUGCCUUACGCCAAAGAUCCCAAAACAGCCCACCAGCGCUUUCUGCGGAGGAGUGUGGUGGAUUCCGAUCAGGAGGAGCCCCUUUUUGAGCCCGCGGUGCCGCAGCAGCAGCAGCCCAAGAAGAUCCUCAUCCUCUCCAAACCCAGGCGGAUAAUCGCGGAGAGGGCGAAAGCGGGGCAGAGGCCCGUGGUGGUGGAGGAGACGCGGCCGGGAGAGGAGCCCGCCGUCCAGGUGAAGGAGGUGGCCGCCGAGAGGCUCCCGGCAGGUGACCAGGCGAAGGAGGGCGGCAGCAAGGAGGAUGCCGGGAAAAAAGAGGUGCCCGAAUCUUCCAAGGAUCAGGUCAAGUCCAAGAAAGAGGAGGCCGAAGAGGAGGAGGAGGCCGAUAUGAAAGCGGUGGCCACCUCCCCCGAUGGCAGGUUCCUAAAGUUUGAUAUUGAACUUGGUAGAGGAUCUUUCAAAACUGUCUACAAGGGGCUCGACACGGAAACGUGGGUUGAGGUUGCUUGGUGCGAACUUCAGGAUCGAAAGCUGACAAAAGCAGAGCGGCAAAGAUUUAAAGAAGAAGCAGAAAUGUUGAAAGGUCUUCAGCACCCAAAUAUUGUUAGGUUUUAUGAUUUUUGGGAGUCAUGUUUAAAAGGAAAAAAAUGUAUUGUCCUAGUAACAGAACUGAUGACCUCCGGGACUCUGAAAACCUAUUUGAAGAGAUUUAAAGUGAUGAAACCAAAAGUUCUUCGUAGCUGGUGUCGGCAAAUCCUAAAAGGUCUUCUUUUUCUGCACACUCGAACACCACCAAUUAUUCAUAGAGAUUUAAAAUGUGACAAUAUUUUUAUAACCGGGCCAACUGGAUCUGUGAAGAUAGGAGAUUUGGGUCUGGCAACACUUAAGAGAACUUCAUUCGCCAAAAGUGUCAUAGGUACUCCAGAAUUUAUGGCCCCAGAAAUGUAUGAAGAACACUAUGAUGAAUCAGUGGAUGUAUAUGCUUUUGGAAUGUGUAUGUUGGAAAUGGCUACCUCAGAAUAUCCAUAUUCAGAAUGCCAGAAUGCUGCUCAAAUAUAUAGGAAAGUAACCUCUGGUGUCAAACCAGCAAGUUUUGAUAAAGUUACUGAUCCUGAAAUUAAGGAGAUAAUUGGAGAGUGUAUUUGCAAAAAUAAAGAAGAGAGAUAUGAAAUUAAAGAUUUAUUAAGCCAUGCCUUCUUUGCUGAGGAUACUGGGGUGAGAGUGGAACUUGCAGAAGAAGACGAUGGUAGUAAAUCCUCUAUUGCCUUAAGACUCUGGGUAGAAGAUGCUAAGAAAUUGAAAGGGAAGUCCAAAGAUAAUGGAGCCAUUGAGUUUACUUUUGAACUGGAGAAAGAAACUCCUGAUGAUGUUGCACAAGAAAUGGUUGAUGCCGGAUUCUUUCAUGAAAGUGAUGUCAAAAUAAUUGCAAAAUCAAUACGUGACAGAGUAGCCUUAAUACAAUGGAGAAGAGAGAGGAUUUGCCCUGUGUUGCAUUCAGAAGAUCAUCGGGAUCCUGAGAGCUUAGAAAAAACGAAGGCCACACAAGCACAACCACUUCAGAUUAUACACACUUCUCAUGCUGGUCAACAGAUUCCAUCAGAACCAGACGAGCCUGAAGUGGACCAGCAUCUUUCUCAACAAAAUCUGCCCACAAGCAUCACUUCACUUGCAUCCUGGACUUCCAGUGGUUCAGGGUCCAACUGCUGCUGUGCCUCCACGGCCACAACUCUAUCCAGAACCAGCAAUUCCAUUUCCUAUUGUCCAUCCCACCUCAGUUGCCCCUGUGCAGAUGAGACAGCCUCAGCCUGUAUUAGUCAACCAGCAGCAAUCCAUCUCAAGCCCAGCUCCUUUACAACAAGUUCUCAGCAACCAGCCCAUGUGCCCAGUACAGCAACCUGCAACUCACCUAUUGUCCCAGUUUCAAAUGCCCAGUUCUCAUAUGGCAGCUACCAGUGCACCGCUGGGACCUCUGCAGGUUCCCCCUGUGCAAUCACUUCCACCAGUUCCACCUGCUCAAAUUCCUCAGUUUCCCAUCAUUCCUGCAGUCACCCCUCUGACAGGACUUGACAGUCAUCCUUCAAACCUGUCUGAUAUACCUGCUGCAAAUAUGCCCCCCACCCCUGCUCCUUCUCAAUAUUUUCCUUCAGCUGUGAUAAUACCUGUGAACUCAGCUCUGCCACUGUCAUCAAAUUCCCCUGCCCUCCCCAUGCAAGCAGUCAACCUUCCUCAUGCUAAUGUGGCUCCCUUGGUCUUACCCUGCCAAACAAUUGUGCCAAAUAUGCCGGCUGCUCCAGUACCAUUACUUCCUAUGCCUCCGCCGGGAGUGUCAGCUUUACCAACACAUCAUGCGGCAGCCCAGCUCUCCCAACAACAAAUAUACCAGGCAACCCUCCAGCAGAUAAUACAGAACGAAGCUAUGUCUUCUCCCCUCCACACCCAGAAUAUGCAAGCAGUUUCACAACAGCAGCAACAGAUGCUGUCUUCACUUCCACAGUCACUUCAGCCAAGCCUAAUUCAGCCUUCAGAACAGUCUAUGUCUGCUUCUGGGGCUGGUAAUCAGUUUCCUCUACAGAUUAUUGGACAUCCUCAGUACACUGUGGAUAUUGGAACCCAUAUACCUGCAUUGCCAGUGCAGGUUUCCGGCAUUAUAUCACCACCAUUGCAAUUGCAGCCUGAAACAAUGCUGCCCUGCAUUGCUUCAGAUGGACUUUCACAAAGCAAUCUUGGCACAACCAAUUCAGCAAUGUUGGCAGAUCAUGGAUUGCCCCUUCAGUGUUCUGCUUACCCGCAAUCUCAGUCAGAGAGUCACCAACUUCCUGGCCAGCAGGUUCCAACUACAUGUCCAGCUGUCCCAGUAGCUUCAGAACCUCCUCAAGAGAUGGAGCAAGCCGUACUGGAGAAACAGCAGUCACUGUCACAGAGCUGUGAAAGUUAUAUGAGUCCUGAUGUUGCUUCUGGUAAAGAAAUGAGUGACAGUUUUGAAGGAACAAGUGGAGGUGGGAAACAAGAAGGAAAACCUUCAAAGAAACAUAAAAAAUCAGCACGUGCUCGUUCACGUCAGGAAAAAUCAAAUAGGCCGAAGCUUACCAUUUUAAAUGUGUGCAAUACAGGGGAUAAGAUGGUGGAAUGCCAACUAGAAACACACAAUCACAAGAUGGUCACUUUUAAAUUCGAUUUAGAUGGUGAUGCACCAGAGGAAAUUGCUACAUAUAUGGUUGAAAAUGAAUUUAUACUACCAACUGAGAAAGAGAUAUUUAUUGAGCAACUGAAAGAAAUUAUUGACAAAGCAGAAGAUAUGCUUAGUGAAGAUACUGAAGGGGAACGAAGUUCUGAUCAAGGUGUCAGCCCUCAACAAGAUACCUACAAGCUUGAAAGCAAUGAGGAGAAUCGCCAAUCCCAUGCAAGAGCGCCCAUCUACCAACAGAAUGUUCUACAUACUGGAAAACGUUGGUUUAUCAUUUGUCCCGUUGUGGAAAAUCAAGCUGCUGAAGUACCAGAAGUCUCUCCUCAUGUGCCUCAAAGUGCAAAGCAGUCUGAUGCCCCAGGUCUGGAGCUGUUGGAUGAUCAGCAACGGAGCUCUGCAGUGACAGAAAAACAAACAAGCAUAGCUUAUCAACAUAUUUCUAAUCAACUGAGCUCCAAUGAGUGUCCCAGGGGAACUCCUCCUCCUUCUUUAACACAAGUUUCUGUUCCAUCUUCAUUAACUUCCCUUUCACAGGUCCAUCCAAUGUUAGCUUCAACCACAUUAGAAAAAAUUCCUGAACGUAUAAGUCACCUAGAAUGCCCUUUGCCACAAUCAGUCUUAGCCAGUCGGGUUGACAUCCCUGCCCAUACUACAGCUACAUCUGAAGAACAUUUCGAGGAUAAGGUCUCUCUAAAUACCUCACAGUACACAGUACAAAAGAAAGAUGAGAAAAUUUGUUUUCCCAAUAUAGAACAUGAACACAGCACAGCUGGACUGCCAAAACCAUUUCAGUCUGUUCCUGUGCAGACAACAGAAAGUUCUUUCCCUGUCAUCUCUGAUGCUCCUGUUUUGGAACUUCAGUCUUCAACCCAACCCCCCAGUUUGUCAGACAAUAUUCAGCUUGGCCAGAUAUCACAUUCUUUUGUAGACCAGAUACCUCCCAUGCCUGCUGUCUCUGAACUUCCGGUAUCAGAAACAUCUCAACUUUCAAGUCCUCCUCACCUCUCAACAGCUGUAUCCCAAUUGCAUAUGCCAACCCAGUCCCAGCCGGUUGCAUCCACUGGCUCUGCCGUGACUGCAGCUCAACCACCUUCUAUGGUAGAAUCAGAUGGUGAAGGGCCACCAAGAGUUGAUUUCACUGACAACACAAUAAAAAGUUUGGAUGAGAAACUUCGCAACCUGCUGUAUCAAGAGUAUAUUCCAACAUCAUCUGCUUCAGCAGCAACACCAGACCAAGUGGAUGGUGAAUUUAAUUUGGCACCUUUUUCUGCGCUUGUAUUAGAUUUGAAAAUACCUGGCGUUGGCUUGGAUGCUCACAUGGUGGAAAAUCAACCCUCUCCAAUUCUGGUAGAACAAUCUGAUGUUACAUGCACCGGGAUCCAGCAUUCAGAAAUAAACAAAGCAGGUCAAGAUGUAAAUGUCAGUUCACCUACUGCUAUCCUAACAUCAGGAUACACUCAGGUUGUUUCUUCUUCACUUACAGCAGACCAGAAGGACAUUGCCAAGAAAAACAAAUAUGAAAAGGAUGGUUCUAUAGACUCCAAUGUCAAAGAAGCAGAAACACCAGCAAAAACUAUAGGCAGAUUUUCAGUGAUCAGCACUCAGGAUGAAUUAACUUUAUCAUCUGUGCAUUGCUUGAGGUAUUCUGCACCCCCAGAUGUUUAUCUGGACAAUCAACCUUCUAGCCCUGAUAUAAAGUCAUCUCUGCGCCGUGUGCAGACAGCUUCCUCUUUUGAUGUCCUUUAUGGAAAGGAUUCCAGUGAUUCUGGAGAUGAAUCUUUUCCAGGAAAACAAGAUGGGUCUCCAAUGUCACCUCAGAUCAGUAGACUGGGAAACGACAUUAAAAAGACUUCUUGUAAUCUCCAAAAGUCAGUAAAGUCAAGUUCACAGGGCCUUAAUUCUCCAAAUGGUCAUGGAUCAAAAAUCCCAACUAUCAACAUAACUUCUUUCCAUUCUCAGUCAUCAUAUGUGAGUAGUGACAAUGACUCAGAGUUUGAAGAUGCAGACAUGAAAAAAGAAUUGCAGAGCCUGAGAGAAAAACACAUGAAAGAAAUUACUGAGUUGCAGUCCCAACAGAAAAAAGAAAUAGAAGCUUUGUACCUUCGUCUGGGAAAACCACUACCACCCAAUGUCGGAUUCCUUCAUUCUGCUCCACCAAGUGGCCGCCGAAGAAGAACAAGCAAGCACAAAUUAAAAACUGGGAAAUUGCUAAACCCCGUUGUCCAGCAGCUCAAAACAUCAAGUACAAGCAAUAUAUCAGAGCAUAAAGACCCUUUGGCUAAGGGAAGCACUAGAGCUCAAACAGACUCUACUGAAGCAACAGGACUGACUGUGUCCACAUCAGCCAUACUUGAGAGCUCAGUUCAGACUCAGCAACCUUGUUCUGUCAAGGCUUCAUUAUCCUCUGACAUUUGCUCUGGAGUAGUUUCUGAAGGAGGUGAUGUCCGUGGAAAUUCUGGACAAGGCUGGACGGUUUUCCACCAAACGUCUGAGAGAGUGACCUAUAAAUCUAGUAGCAAACCUCGUACCAGAUUCCUCAGUGGACCUGUGUCUUUGUCCAUCUGGUCCACACUGAAACGACUAUGUCUAGGCAAAGAUCACAGUAGUAGAUCUUCAGCAAACAGCCUUGUAGCAUAUCCAGAUCCUCUACCACAAACAACAAUACAGGUUCAGGUACAAGCCAACAACAGUAACAACAAGAAAGGAACCUUCACAGAUGAUCUCCACAAAUUGGUGGAUCAAUGGACAAGCAAAACCAUGGGAGCUGUACAAGCAAAGCCAUCCUUAAACCAACUUAAACAGAAUCAAAAACGGCAAGACAUGGAGCCCAAGGCUAAUCCCACGCAGACACAGAAUGAGACCUGUGGAACCCUGGGAUUUGCCUCAAACAAAGAUUGUUCAGGGAUUAAUGCAGCAAGAACAGGAAUGGGGAAAAAGUGUGUUGUUCCAGUGACUUGUCCACUGUCAGCUGCAUUAACUUCUGGAGUUCCACCAUCCCAGCCAGUGCCUAUGCCAGGUACUCUCCUAACUGGCCCAGUCAAACCUUAUGUGAUGCCUCUUGGUCAGUAUGGAGGAGUUCUCCCUACGACCUUCUUUGGAGUGCCCUGGUCGGGCCCAACCACUCAGCCGGGGAUAAGAGGAGGCCAGAGCAUUGCACAGUUUCCAGCUCUUGGCCCCAAUAGCUUCCAGUUGUUUCCAGUGCCCCUGCAGAGGCCCUAAUUUGGAAUGACCUCAGUAGCUGACUUCCAAGUGGCAACCGUCCAAUGCUUAGCUCCUAGGCAAUCUGUUUCUCCCUGCUGGCCCCAUUCAGGCUCACUAGUUCAUUAGCCAUGCCCCCUCAGGCCAGCCCGGUGGAAUGCUUUCCCAUCAAUCUGUGUGCUCUUCGGCAAUCCUUCUUUCUCCUUCGUUGCCGAAGAUGGUUGAGUUUCUUCUCUGGUGUUUGAAACAGCUACGUUCAACACUUAACGUACUUGAAUGGAUGGGUAGGAGAACAGUACUGAUCUUAUAGGAAUAUAGUGCCUUGAAUUCAAGCUUUUCAGUUCAAACUGGGAAGGUUAAAAUAAUCACAACAAUAACUGAAAGGUGUACUUUAUUUACAAGCUGCUUCGGAAAGCUUAACUUUUUUUAUUUGCAAAAAUACAAAGAUAUACAUUUAAUGGUGACAGUUUACAUCUGAAAUUCUUGACCAGUUUCAUUUUCUCCUGUUAAAUGCUUUUAGUUUAACCAGCAGUUAAGUGACAUGUUUGGUAAUUUAAAUCUUUAACUCCCUCUCUGACUGGGACUCCAGCCCUUUGAGUAAAGCGUAAUGAAAUGAAUCGCUUUGUUGUUACUGAAGCAGUCUGAAUGUAAGUUGUAUCUCUGUGUUUGAGGGGAAAAUAAUUGUUAUGUGGUCUUUCUGGAAAAGUAGUUGCAAGUGACAACCUCUCUUUUUAUUUCAAACAGCAAAUUUGGCAGGCAGAUGUCCUCCCCCUUCUGAUAUCCAAUUGUAACACUUUUUGCCAUCUUCUGAACAAACAAUCUAAUUCAGUUACAUUACAAAUCUUGCAUGUUUCAUGUGUGAAAUACGCUUAACCAUAAUUCUUGACAUUAGGACAACAGUCCAAAGUUAUUGUAAGAUCUUUGUAAGUACAGAAGUCUCCUUGCAUGUGAUCUGCCUGUCCACCAAAUGCUUAAGAGUAUUCUCCGUGAAAUGGAAUUGGCUUUUGACUUGUGCUUCCUUCCUUCUUACAUCCGCUUUAUGUUAUACCGUAUGUAGAAUUUGUAUCUUCACCUGUCAGUCCAAAGGCACACGAGAGCCACUCACUAUUUAUUUGCAGGUUGGCAAGCCUUUGUUCCUUUGGGUAGAAAAAGGAGCAAAGAAUCCCAUCUACAAAUAUAAUGGCACACUUAAACAGAAUCACAGUACUAGAGCUGAAGGCACACUGCUUGCACUUUGCCACUCUCAAUAUGGCAGCAGUAUUUUUAAACUGCUUGCUGAAGGGGUGGAGCUGUUUGGCGCUGCCCAUCUGUUAUUUGUAUGAGUCUACUGUACUUUGAGCAUUCGAGAACUGUCUGCAAUAUUUUGUUGGUACCAUUGAAUAUGAUGCCGUCAAUUCUGUUAGAAUUGAAUUUUGUAGAAAUUGACGCAGUCUUCUGCCUGGGGAGAAUACAUCUACAGUAAGAGAUUUCUGUUCUCUGUAACAUGUAUCUUUACAUUGUUUGAGACUUUAUUUUAGAUUCAUGUAUGUAUGCUUUAUGAGCAUAAACACCAAAAAUGUCUUCUCACUGUCUUCCCCCUUUCGCUUGCACUGAAAAUUCCCAUUUGCCACGACUGCCUGUUGUACAGCCUGUUUCAGCCCCUUGUAUAUGAUGGUCAGUGGUAUAACCUCUCACUACCAAGAGAAUGUAUAUAUUCAAGAAAAGGAAAAAAAAAUAAACAUUUUUGUGCUUGAAAAAAAAUGUGUUGCUAAAAGUUUCAGCUAUGAAGGAGAAAUUCCACAGUUCAAGCUCAUUCCCCCAUCAUCAGAUACAUUUUAAAAGCAAUUCAUGCAGUCAAAUGAUAGGUAGGAUAUCUAGAAUUAGAACUGAAAUAUUUCAUACAUAUGCUUACAGUGAUACCUUGGGCAUCAAAAUGAGCAACAUUUUAGAAGAUGGAAUCAGCAAAUAAGCUCCACAUACAUUUUU